AUGACAACAGCGUAUCCCGCCGAAACCAACCAAAACGGCACCGUCACGUCUUUUAUAGCGCUCCCGACUGUUUUCACACCACCAACCAGCUGUUCGACAAUCUAUCGCCUCAACGGCUUCACCCUCGCAGCUUAUGAUCCAGGUUACGGCAUCGACAUCGACACCAGAGUACGAUGUGCCCCUCCAGCAGUCACAACGUGGUGGGAACAACGUCGUCUGGGCCUCAACGAUGGCGAAGGCCAUACCGCUGUCAGCAUUGGGCCUUUGGUAUGUCCUGACCGCUGGCCAACGGUUGCGAUAUCAGUCAAGAACGAUACCAGAAGCACCCUUGCUAUGUGUUGCCCUGCAGACUAUACUCUGAUCAAGGGCAUCCCUGGAACCAUUACAGGAGAGUGUCGUUCAGAUCUUCUUUCCGGUGCGGUGAUUACUUACGCAUCGACGUCCGCCCCAAACUCGUUAAGCUGGACAAUGGUGACAUCAACCCUCACGGAACCGGGUUACGUUGGCGCCAUCGCAGUGCUUGGGUGGACCUUUCAGGAGACAACGACCAAAGCUCCUACGACUUCAACAGCAAAAUUCGGCGAUAAUGACGCAACUGCGACUCCGACAGAGGCAGUCAAUAUCUAUACCCCCACUCUUCCCCGCGAAACUACACACUCUGAUCCCUCCUCGACCACGACUCAACCGACUUUGGGAGCAACCUCUGAACCCGAGCCUGCCGGCCUUCCAUUGCCCACCACCAUCGGAAUCGGUGUCGGUGCUGCGGUAGGGGGCAUCGCGUUAACCGCCCUCGUGUUCUUCCUCUGUCGUAGAAAACGCAGCCAGCGGUAUAAGUCAAAGGAGAUUGCACCAGUCACCAAAGAGCUUCAUGCAAAGCCUCUCGAGCCGGACAAAUUUGCAUCUCCCACGCGCUAUCACGAGCUCUACGUCCAUCAGCAGGAUAGAAACCGUGAAGCAGCAGAGUUACCCGUUCCGCAAUACUUCGCAGAGCUAGAUGGAGGAGGCCGGCGUUAA